GCACCCGAGGGUUCACAUGAGUUCUUCCUAUGUUGAUGUUUCCAAGUUCCCUUGAUAUGCCUGGGAACUGCCAAGACAAGUACCAGCCAAGGUCCCUCCUCUGACCCUCCCACCCUAAAGGGAACAGUCUAACUUUCUGCUUAGUUUCCUAGAAGGAGGACAAGACUAAUUUUUUUUCAUACACCUCUCCAAAUGUCACUGUGACAUUCAUUAUUGUGCCAGCUAGAACAUUGGAAAGAUGAACUGGAAGCAAGUGCUUUUUCUGACCUAUCUCAUGACUCUUGUGCUCCUGAUUGUGCUUAAGGGAGCCAGCGCCAUGUCUGUGGGCUCCAAGACAGUGGCCGUGGGUUCCAAGAAGGCGGCAACGGGAGAAUCAAGAAAGGAAAGUCUGGAAAAGAGAGUCUUCAUUCAAGAAUCAGAUGCCUCUAACUUUUUCAAGAAGCGAGGCAAAAGAUCUACAAAAUCUAGAGAUGAACUUAAUGCAGAGACAAGGCAGAUGCUUGCAGCAGAUGAACAAAGGAGGGAGUACUAUGAGGAGCAGAGGAAUGAAUUCGAGAACUUUGUCGAGGAAGAACGUGAUGAGCAGGAUGAAAGAAGCCGAGAACAGAUUGAGCAAUGGCGUGAAUACCACUACGAUGGCCUUGAUCCACCCUAUCUGUAUAAUCGGCAUAUUGUCUAGAGCAAAUGUGAAGAAGACACUCCACCAAAUAAUAAAAAUGGAAGUAUCUGCUGGCUGCAUCAUUGGCAGGACAAAUAGCAAAGCUCGAUUUUUCACAUUAUGAGCUUGCUAUUGAUCUGCGGAUUCUGAAUAUGCUUCAUCCACCUGUCUCGUAUUAGCAUUGAAUUUACUGAUAGGCACGGCUUUCCUUUGUAUUUUGAAGUGCUAGUAAAUAGAUGCCUCCAGACCUUGCUGCACAGGUCAAAUUAAUGCAAAUAUUUCAGAUUUGUCUAUGUAUAUAUCAUGUAUAUGAGCAACUCUACUUAGAGCAAGGGGGCAAUCAUUAUUUUUACACAAUUACUAUAUAUAGAGGGAGGAACUAAACACAAAAUCAGCUUGUGCUAUAACUAGAGCAUUUUAAAUGAUUUUAGACUGAAGGACAAAAAUGGUCUUAAGUGUUUUUGCAUCUGUUGAAUGACAACUUAUGCCA